UCUCUCUUGUAUAAUACACACUCCACUAAACACUAUCCUCCUCUCUCCUUUCAUUCCACCCCCUCUGCGGCCUCUGCCUGCUUUGCCUCGCUCUCUAUCAUCCGCUCGAACAACGUCUCUCUCGUCGUCAUAAUCCUCCGUGUCCGUGUGUUGUUCGUCCACUCUCUUUCUCGCUCGUUUACCUCCUCGCCUGCUCUUGCUUUCGCGAGCGCGCUGGUUGCUCCUCCUCCUCCUCUCUUCUUUUCUUUCUGUGUUUUGUGCAGCAGAUACUGCUGCUGCAGCUGGUGAUGCGUUACUCACCCUCCCUUCCGUGAAAAAUAUUUGAAGUUUUGCGUGGUACUUGGUUCAGUUUUGUUGUUCUGUUAACUCUUUUUUUUUUUUUCUCUAUACCUAUAUAAGUACAUUUGCUCCGCUUUGGUCUUCUGCUGGAAGAGAGACACAAUACCCGCUGCUAUUGCUGUGUAUAAACUAUACCCAUACAAUUAAUGUGUACGUGUGUGUUCUGAUAUGCUGGAUGUGCUGUAACUGGUGCUUACAGGUUGAGAGGAAAGAGGUACCUACCAGAUACUACUCAAAAACCAUCUUCAGGGAAUGCGGUUGUACGGCAACUAACUAGGCCCGGGACAGACUGGGCCACCACGUAAAAGCAGACGGCGUUAAUUGUCUUGACAUGGAGCUCAGCCUGGAUCAACACUGAUCUCUAGAUGCUUUGCCAAGCGACAUACAGCCAGGGCGAUGGAUUGAUAGAGGAAGGUAAGCUGGCUGGUCAGGUUUGGAUUGACGAGCAGCAGGCCUGCGCCCGCAAGAGCAGUAGGAGUAGCAGCAGUAACAGCAGCUGUGGCAGCCAGGAAAGGCGCAAGCCUACAAGGAAGAAGAAGCUGGAAGUCGAGGUGGGCAGCGUCAGUGAGGCGGCCGGAGCUGUCGGUCACAACAGCAGAAACAACAACCGGAGGGCCUUGGGCGCAGGCCGUGGUGGGUCGCGUGACAGCCAGAUUAUGCCGACACAGCCGAGGCCGGGCAGCCUCAAGGAUCCAGAGAUCGCCGAGCUCUUUGAAGAUAACGAUCCGGAGAAGAUCUUCGAGGACUUGAGAGAAAUCGGCCAUGGCAGCUUCGGCGCCGUCUACUACGCGAGGUGCCUCAUCAGCAGGGAAAUUGUCGCCAUUAAAAAGAUGUCCUACCUCGGCAAGCAGACUAUGGAAAAGUGGCAGGACAUACUCAAGGAAAUACGCUUUCUCAGACAACUUAAGCAUCCAAACACCAUCGAGUACAAGGGUUGCUAUCUCAGGGAUCACACUGCCUGGCUGGUCAUGGAAUACUGUCUGGGUUCCGCGUCGGACAUAAUCGAGGUGCACAAGAGGCCACUAAAAGAGGACGAGAUCGCGGCGAUAUGUGAGGGUGUGCUGCGUGGCCUAAACUACCUGCAUUCGUUGGGCAGGAUUCACCGGGACGUGAAGGCUGGCAAUAUCCUGCUUACGGAAAACGGUACAGUCAAGCUCGCAGAUUUCGGUUCUGCGAGUGUCAAGUGCCCGGCCAACAGCUUCGUCGGUACGCCCUACUGGAUGGCCCCGGAGGUCAUACUAGCCAUGGACGAAGGCCAGUAUGACGGUAAAGUCGACGUCUGGUCCUUAGGAAUCACGUGUAUUGAAUUGGCGGAACGGAAACCGCCUUACUUCAACAUGAACGCAAUGAGUGCUCUCUAUCACAUUGCCCAAAACGAAAGGCCGACGCUGAACUCGGCCGAAUGGACGGAAGUAUUCCGUCACUUCGUCGAGAUCUGCCUUACCAAGAGUCCUGGCGAGAGACCAGCUUCCGGGAAACUGUUAUCGCAUACUUUUGUAACAAGACUGCGCUCGCCCCAAGUCUUGAUCGAUCUUAUAAAUAGAACAAAGGCUGCCGUACGGGAAUUAGAUAAUUUAAAUUAUCGAAAGAUGAAAAAGAUUUUGAUGAUCGACACCUGUGAAACGGAGAGUCAAAUAGGCGACGCUGAUGGUGGUGACAGCAGCAAGAGCAACAGCAUUACCUCCGAGCACUCAAUUCACUCGAUGGGUGUGUCGGCAAGCUCGCAAAGUUCAUCAACCAAUAGCCUACCUUUACCAAACAAUGCCAAUGACGCAAACGACGCUUGUAUUAUGGCUGGUUCGAUGAGAAAUCGACACAACCGAAUGGCAGGUGCUCAAGGCAUGACCGCGAACCUCCUCGAGCACGGCGCUAACAAUUUUGCGACGAUCAGAACCACGUCGAUCGUCACCAAGCAGCAGAAGGAACACAUGCAGGAGGAGAUGCACGAACAGAUGAGCGGCUACAAGAGGAUGAGACGAGAGCACCAUGGCGCGUUGAUGAAAUUAGAGGAACGGUGUAAGAUCGAAGUCGAGUCUCACAAGCAGCAGCUUGAAAAAGAGUACGAAAAUCUGAUGCAGCAGUUUAGCAAAGAGUUGGAAAAACUACAGGCUAGGCAUCAUCAAGAGCUCGAGCGGAGACAAAAGCAAAAUCAAAAUGCAGAAAAGAAGCUUCACAAAGAAAUCACGAACAGGCACGAAACUGAUCGCAAGGCUCUUGAGGCUCAGCAAAAACGGGAGUACAAGGCGUACAAGGAGAGGUGGAAGAAGGAACUAUCACAGGACGAGCUGACGCCAAAGCGACAACGGGACGCUACUCUUCAGAGUCAAAAAGACAGUCUCAGGCAGAUGGAGGCUCAAGAGGAGCAGCGACUCGCGCGUGGACAGCGGGAGUAUCUAGACUUGGAAAUACGUAAAUUCCGCAGAAAAAAAUUACUCAACUACCAUGCUCUUGAACAAGAGCUUCUUCGUGAAGAAUUGAACAAGAGACAGCAACAGCUGGAACAAGCUCACGCGAUGCUUCUUCGGCAUCACGAGAAGACGCAAGAGCUGGAGUACAGACAACAAAGGGCCGUUCAUGCUCUGCGAGAGGAACAAAUCCAACGGCAACACAACACUGAACUUAGCAAUCAACGAGAUUAUAUGCAACGUGCCGAACGUGAUCUGCGUAAGAAGCAUGCGCUUGAGCUCAAACAGCAACCCAAAAGUCUGAAGCAAAAAGAAAUGCAAAUCAGGAAGCAAUUUAGGGAAACGUGUAAAAUACAAACGCGCCAGUAUAAAGCACUGAAAGCCCAGAUAUUGCAGACAACUCCCAAGGACGAACAAAAAUCUGUAAUAAAGAAAUUGAAGGAGGAACAAAGGCGAAAACUCGCACUCCUGGGUGAACAGUAUGAACAGAGUAUUGCUGAAAUGCUUCAAAAGCAAAGUAUUCGUUUGGACGAAUCGCAAGAAAUUGAGUGCCAGGUUCUCAAGCAAAGAUUGAAUCACGAGCUUGAAAUCUUGAUGGCGUACCAGUCGAAGAACAAGAUGCAGGCGGAGGCUCAGCGUGAUCGAGAACGACGUGAACUCGAGGAUCGAGUGUCCGUGAGACGAGCACUUUUAGAAAAGAAACUCGAGGACGAAACGCAAGAGAUCUUGCACGAGCGUAGUGAGCGAAUACGAUUGCUGCACGAAAAGCAAGAGCGUGAGCUCCAUUACUUCGACGAAGAAAGCGCGAGAAUCGGAUUCAGUGCGUUAGCAAUAGCCGAAGCUUCAAAGGAAUCUUAUCCGGAUGACGAAAGCCUCAGCGGUUCAAUGUUAAGUCUGGCUCACAGUAAUAGUUCUACAUCUUUUCCCCCUAAUAGUCUCUAAUCCAAAACCAUGAAAAAUAAUUCGUGUUAAUGAAAAAUAAUGAAACAAUUAUGUCCGCCUGUAGUCGUGCGAGUAUGGAACUUUUUUUUUUUUUUUAACUUAUAACACCGCACAGUUCAGAGGCAGAAGUGUGUUGACUCGCUCGAAUUCCAGGUAUGCGUAUUGGAUUUAGGUACUAGCAAUGCGAUCACUUCCUCGACACUUUUUUGACGUAAUUUUUUUGAUUUUUUGAUUCCACAUUUACAAUCAAGUGCAAUCAUUCGUCCCUACGGCCCAGUUCAACUUUUCUCGUCUCUCUCUCUCUCUUUCUCUCUUCUAAUUUUUAUUCUUUCCUCUUUCUUUAUUCUGAUGCUAAUAUUUCCUUGUAAAAAUUUUAUACUCAUAAUAGUCUGUGUAGAUAUAUAUAUUUUUUCCAAGUUAUCGAUCAUGUUUUAUCGCUCUUUCAUUCGGUUUACAAAAGAGUAACAAAUCAAUGUUCUAAUUGAUUUCUAUCAAUUAUUUUUAACAUGAUGUUACUCUUUUGAGAUUUGAAACGCCUAUUCAAAAUGCAUUUUGAUAAAAUCUAAAAAUUUUGUACGAAUUGCCUUGUUGUGAAUAUCAUCAUUAUAUUAUUCAAAAGCUUAUUCGAAUCAAAUGACUAUUAAACACGUUUGACUUGCAUACGGGAUAUUAAAAUCAUACGUGAACAUUUUAGUAUGAAGCACGUAUUAAAAAAGUCCGAUUUUAAAAAUAUUGUUCGUUGAGCACAAUUUAUUUCAUAUUUACCUCACUUUUUUCUCUUAGUAAUGACAAUUUUUGUAAAUACCUUGGCCAUUCGAUUUAGUUUGUAUUAGAUUAUGUUUUUUUUUUUUUUUUAAUUUUAACGUGAUGCGUGUAUGUAUAUUUUAUUAUGCGUUAUCUCAUUAUUA